AUGGCGGGUAGCUUCUCCAUGAUCACCAGGUCGGCGACCACUUGCACCGUGGGCCUCAUCUUGUUCUCCGUCGUCUGCUACCUCCCGGUGGCUCUCGUCACCGCCUUGUUCUUCAACUACACCUCCUUCAGCACACAUGACAGCAGUGACUUGAGAAUCGAAGGCGAAGCCUACAUCAACCGUGGGUGGAUCGACCUGACAGCGUUCUGGGACAAAGCCAUCGACGACAGCAGGGGCCGUGUGUCGUACGCCGGUCCGAUGCGCCUCUGGGACAGGGACACCGGCGAGGUGGCCAGCUUCGUCACGCGCUUCUCCUUCGUCAUCGACCCACCGCGCAGGUACGGCGGCCUCAACAACAAGGGCGCCGGCAUGGCCUUCUUCCUCGCCGGCUACCCGUCCAGCCUGCCAUCCAAAUCCGAAACGUACAACAUGGGCCUCACCAACCAAAGCGCGGACGCCGUGGCCACCGGCGACAGCCGGUUCGUGGCGGUGGAGUUCGACACCUUCAACGACAGCAUCGCGCUCGACCCACACAGCACGUACGACCACCUCGGCAUCGACGUCAACUCCAUCAGGUCCGUGGCCACGGAGGUGCUUCCGAGCUUCAGCCUCGUCGGCAACAUGACCGCCGAGGUCAGGUACGACAACGUCUCAACCGUCCUGGAGCUGAAGCUAUGGCUGGGCGAUGGAAGGAACAUGAGUUAUAACCUUAGCCAAAAGGUUGACCUCAAGAGCGCUUUGCCGGAGAUCGUCUCGGUUGGUUUCUCUGCCUCGACGGGCACAUCCGUCGAGCUGCAUCAGCUGUAUUCUUGGUACUUACAACUCGUCCAUGGAAUCCAAGGCCACACCGAUACUAGAUGUGCCACCGCCGCCGCUGCAGACGACCCCCAGCACCUCGGGUUCUGGAGUUAUAGCAGGAGCCAGCGUCGGCUCCGCGGCGGUGUUCGUCGUGGCAGUUUUUGCUUUGGCAGCGUUCCUCGCACGACGGCGUCGGAGCAAGAGGAGGGAGCUGGAGAUGGCACAGGAGUUUGCCUGCUGGGCGGUGGCGUCAGCCAGAGGAACGACGUGUUCCGGCUGGUCGAGUGGGCCUGGGACCUGUACGGCAGAGGAGCCGCUCUCGCGGCGGCCGACGAGCGGCUGAACGGCGAGUACGACGCGGCGGAGGCGGAGCGCGUCGUGGCCGUCGGGCUCUGGUGCGCGCACCCUGACCCACGAGCGCGGCCGUCCGUCAGAGAAGCCAUGGCCGCUCUCCAGUCCAAUGGUCCCGUGCCGGCGCUGCCUGCCAAGAUGCCCGUGCCGACUUACGCGCCGCUGGUGGCCUCGCUGGAGGGAAUCUUCUCGUACACCGCUUCCACAUCAGGGAUGACGUCCUCCAGCUUGACUCAGUCGUCGUCAAUGACGAUGACGAUGACGUCCCCUCCAAACAUCAGUGCUAAUUAG